AUGGAGGUUGCUAGGUCCUCUCGGGGCACUUGUCUUUCCAAGCGCAAAUAUGUAAACCUAUUGACAAAGACCAGUCUUCUACUUUGCAAACCGGUGGUUAUUUUGAUGGAUCCCAAUGAGAAAUUGGCUGAUGUUUCUAAUGUUCUCCUUGUAAACAAGACACGCUACCAGCGCAUUAUAGGGAAACUCACUUAUGUCGCCCAUAUGAGCCCCAAUAUUUUCCAAACAGUGGGUAUAGUACAUCGAAUCAUCCACUACUUAAAAAGCAUACCAUGCUCAGGUUUGUUGUUCUUGGGCCACACCUCUCGUUAUAAUGUAGUUUAUGCUGAUGUUGAUUGGACCGGUUUUUUCCAUGAUCGACGAUCCACCUCAGG